AUGAAUCCAGCAUCAGGUUUACCAGCAGUCGUUAUCGAUAAUGGUACAGGUUACACUAAAAUGGGUUACGCAGGUAAUAAUGACCCAAGUUUCAUUAUUCCAACCACAAUUGCAACUCAAUCAUCAAAAGGUAAACAAACAGCAGCCUCACAAAAGAAAGGUGUUGAAGAUUUAGAUUUCUUUAUUGGUGAUGAAGCUAUUGCCAACUCUAAAACUUAUGAUAUGACCAAUCCAGUCAAACAUGGUCAAAUUGAAAAUUGGACUCAUAUGGAACAAUAUUGGGAACAUUGCGUAUUUAAAUAUUUACGUUGUGAACCAGAAGAUCACUACUUCUUAUUGACUGAACCACCACUUAAUGCACCAGAAAAUCGUGAAUUUACAGCAGAAAUUAUGUUUGAAACAUUUAAUGUACCAGGUUUAUAUAUUGCCGUUCAAGCAGUAUUAGCUCUUGCAGCCUCAUGGACCAGUAAGAAUGCAGAAAAGACCUUAACUGGUACAGUUAUUGAUAGUGGUGAUGGUGUAACUCAUGUUAUUCCAAUUUCUGAAGGUUAUGUUAUUGGUAGUUCAAUUAAACAUAUUCCAAUUGCCGGUAGAGAUAUUUCAUCAUACGUUCAACAAAUCAUGAGAGAACGUGAACCAAACAUUCCACCAGCUGAAUCAUUGGAAAUCGCCAAACGUGUCAAAGAACAAUACAGUUACGUUUGUCCAGAUAUUGUCAAAGAGUUUGGUAAAUACGAUAGUGAACCAGACAAAUGGAUUAAAACCAUCAACGCUCAAGACUCUGUCACCAAGAAACCAUUCAGCUACGAUGUUGGUUACGAACGUUUCUUAGGCCCAGAAUUAUUCUUCAAUCCAGAGAUUGCCUCCUCCGACUACCUCACCCCAUUACCAAAGGUUGUCGACGAUACCAUUCAAUCCUGUCCAAUCGAUUGUCGUCGUGGUCUCUACAAGAAUAUCGUCUUAUCUGGUGGUUCAACCAUGUUUAAAGAUUUUGGUAAACGUCUUCAACGUGAUGUCAAACGUUCUGUCGAUUACCGUAUCAAACGUUCCGAAGAAUUAUCUGGUGGUAAAAUUAAAGCUGUCCCAUUGGCCGUCAACGUUAUCUCUCACAAUAUGCAACGUUAUGCCGUAUGGUUUGGUGGUUCUAUGUUGGCUUCAACUCCAGAGUUUUACAAUGUCUGUCAUACCAAAGCUCAAUAUGAUGAAAUCGGUCCAUCCAUUUGCAGAUUUAACACUGUCAUUGGUGGUAUCAAUUAA